CACCUGUUCUUAGAGUAGGUGUCUCUGAUGGCUGGCCAGGUCUUGGAGAUUCUGGAGGAGCUGACAAAAGAAGAAUUUUUAAAGUUGAAGUUGUAUCUGAAUGAAGAGGUGCUGGAAGGAUGUAGACCCAUCCCACAGGGUCAACUGGAGGACAAAUGUGUGACGGGUGUCGUCACCUUGAUGAAGAGUUCCUAUGGUAACAAGAUGGUGCAGGUCACACUGGAGAUCUUAAAGAAAAUUUCGAGAAAUGACCUCGUUGAGAGACUGGAAAGUGGUGCUGAAGUCAGAAGGCAGACUGUGAGGAAACGAUCAGGGGAGGAUCUGAGCUCUGCAGCUGCAGCCGGUGAUUACAGCCCUGAGAGGAAGCGCGAGAGGAGCUUGAAUGCAGAGCCUGUGUCUGAGACCCAGCAGGGAGGGGCACAGUCCAUGACUGAUGCUUCAGCCCUGACCUCCAAUCACCAGGACACAAAAAAAUGUGCUCCAAGAGUUCAGGAGAAGCUGAAGUCUCGUCUGAAGAAGAAGUUUGAGUGCAUAUAUGAAGGGGUUGCCAAGCCAGGAAAACGCACCCUUAAGAGUAUUUACACAGAGCUCUACAUCACAGAGGGGGACUGUGAACGGGUCAAUAAUGAACAUGAGGUGUGGCAGAUUGAAACAGCAACCAGGUCACAGUCUACACAAGACACUGCAAUUAACUGCAACAACAUCUUUAGACCCUUAGCUGGACAAGACAUACCCAUCAGAACCGUGGUGACCAAGGGCAUCGCUGGUAUUGGAAAAACGGUCUCUGUGCAGAAGUUCAUUCUUGACUGGGCAGAAGGAAAAGCUAAUGAGGAUAUUGAGUUCAUGUUUGUCCUUCCUUUUCGGGAGCUGAACUUACUUAAUGAUGAGCAGCACAGUCUCCUUGAGCUUCUGCAGGUAUUUCACCCUGAAAUGAAAGGGUUUGAAAACAUUGAGUCUGAAGAUUACAAGGUUUUGUUCAUUUUUGAUGGUCUGGAUGAAAGUUGUCAUGUCAAUAUCUGGAGCCGGAAGAUACUGUCUGAUGUAAGAAAAAAAUCCUCGGUGGAUGUGCUACUGACCAACCUCAUUAAGGGGAAUCUACUUCCCUCUGCUCUCCUCUGGAUCACCUCCCGACCAGCAGCAGCCAAUCAGAUCCCUCCAGAAUUCAUUGACAGGGUGACAGAGGUCAGAGGGUUCAAUGAUGAACAGAAAGAAGAGUAUUUCAGGAAAAGAUUCACAGAUCAGAAUCAGGCUGGCAGAAUUAUCUCUCACAUAAAGAAAUCCAGGAGUCUACACAUCAUGUGCCAUAUACCAGCCUUCUGCUGGAUGUCUGCCACUGUUCUGGAGCAACUUUUGGGUGGAACGGGCAGGAGUAGAAUCCCCAAAACUCUGACUGGAAUGUACACACACUUCCUGCUCAUUCAGGCCAAAAUCAAGCAUCACAAAUAUCAGGAGAGCCAUGAGACAGACCCACUGAAACUUCUGGAGUCAGUUAAAGAAAUCUUUCUCAAACUGGGGCAGCUGGCUUUUCAAUGCAUGGAAAAGUCCAAUCCAAUAUUUUAUGAAGAGGACCUGAGAGGAUGUGGCAUUGAUGUCAAAGAAGCUUCAGUCUACUCUGGGGUGUGCACAGAGAUCUUUAAAGAGGAGUCUGUGCUGCAUCAGAAGAAAGUCUACUGCUUUGUGCAUCUGAGCCUCCAGGAGUACAUGGCUGCUUUGUAUGUGAUUCAUUCCUUCAUCAGCAAGAACUGCAAGGCAUUGAAGCCUUUUUUUGGUCAAAAGACUUUUGCCACUCUCCAUGAUUUGCACAAGAACGCUAUUAAGAAGGCUUUGGAGAGUAAGAAUGGACACCUGGACCUCUUCCUCCGAUUCCUUCUGGGCCUCUCACUGGACUCCAAUCAGCGCCUUCUCCCAGGUCUACUGCCACAGACUGGAAGCAACUCCGAGAGCAUCCAGAAAACAGUUCAGCACAUCAAGGACUUUAAAGAGGAAGAUCCCUCUCCAGAAAGAUGCAUCAAUCUGUUACACUGUCUGUCUGAACUCAAUGAUUAUUCACUUGUGAUUGAAACCAACAAGUUAUUACUUUCUGGUCAAAAGUUCUUACCUGUGCAUUGCUCCAUCCUGGCCUAUGGACUCCUCAAAUCAGAAAAGGCAUGGGAUACAUUUAACCUGAGACAGUACAACACCUCAGAAGAGGGGCGAAGGCGACUGGUCCCAGCUGUGAGGUGCUUCCAGAAGGCUGUGCUCAGGGAGUGUAACCUCACAGAGGGCUGCUGUGAUGUUCUGGCCUCAGUCCUGCGUUCUCCUCACUCAGAGCUGAGAGAUCUGGAGCUCAGAGACAACGAGCUGCAGGACUCAGGAGUGAGAGCGCUCUCUGCUGGACUGGAGGACCCACACUGUAAACUGCAGAGACUGGGGCUGUCAGGCUGUGGAGUCACACAGAGAGGCUGUGAUUCUCUGGCUUCAGCACUGUGUUCAAAUCCCUCACACCUGAGAGAGAUGGACCUGAGCUACAAUCACCCUGGGGACUUGGGAGUACGAGCGCUCUCUGCUAGACUGGAAGACCCCAGGUGUAGACUGGAGACACUGCUUGUAGACCAUGGAGGAGAGAUCAGGCUGAAACCAGGACUGAGGAAAUGUAAGUCUCUCUGCCCUGAAUCCUGUGAAAUGGAGACAGCACAUGCACUGAGUAGCACCACCUUCACCCAGCCCCUCUACCCUGGCUUUAAACUGAAUAAGGGCAACUCGCUGUCCCUGUGCAUGCUGGGAUAG